UAACGCGGCGGAAGAGUCCAGGGACCCUGCGUGUGUUGUAUGUGGUACAACGGUCUGUUCCUUUCGCGACUGGCGUUCUACACUGUGUGCCGUCGGCCUCUGCUUGCUGGCUCGGGUUUGGGACAGGAAGCGGACGGCCCGUCCCGCCGCCGCCAUGAAACUGUGCAGGUUCGGACUACGGGUGGUCUCUCCACCAUGGGUUGCUUUCCUGCUGUCCGCCUUCCUGGCAGUGUACUGCGAAGCGUACCCGAAAUCAUCGACGUCAUCGCCAACCGAUGCCACUGCCGUCGGAAAAGGCAGGGGGCUCUCGCAUCGUAAUCCGGUGCGCCGGUACCGCCAUGGUCGCCGUCUCGACUCAGGCCCAACGCCGCUGCGUCGCCGUGCCCGCGUUGGAUCAAGCGCUAGCACUCCCGUGGUAGCAGACUACGAUGUCGACGGUGCCGAUUACCCGCCCUACUACAACUACUGGCCACCAGCCACGGACAAGCGUAAGGGCAAAGUGGGCGGUGGUCACCAUCCUCACCGCCACCAUCACAGGCAGGACAGGCGACGCUACGACGAAUUUGAAGGCGACUACUAUUACGACCACUACGUGGACAAGCACGACUACAAGAACGAGUACGACAUCGUGUUUCCCCUGCUCAUCCUUAUCAUGGCACCUUUGGCGGUGUCCGCCUUCCUGCUCCCCAUCAUCGCUUCGAUGAUGACCAACACUUUCUUCCUCCUUAACGGGGCGACGUCGGCUGCCAUCCAAGGACGUCGCAGGCGGAGUGUGGGACAACUGGCACCGACGGCCGAUGAACUGAUUGGGCUGGAAGAAGCUCUGUCAAAGGCAAUCGAGAAGUAUGGUGGAUUCAAAGUGAUUCAUGAGAAGACAGGUGCGAUUCAAGGGUCGAUAAACCGUCGAGCAGUGACGACUUGA